AGCACGUGGAAUAAAGAAGAGAAGAAUAAAAAGGUUUUUUGGAACAUUUUGCUGGUCCUUCGUAUUGGAAUUAGUGACCAUGGAUUCAUUAAAAAGGAAGAAACUUCGACUACUUGAAAUCGAGGCGGAAAAGAAGCGUCAUAAGAUCCAACUACUAGAGUUGGAAGAAAAACGAAUUCAAUUAGAAAUCGAGAUGGAUUCACGGGAAGGUGCAGAGGCGGGGCCUAUCGAGGAGCCCGAGAUGAACCAAGGAGCCAUAGAUUUGGAUGAAAGUGGGGAGUCUCGGAACAAUGAGACACAAUCGUACUUGGAACUAACAACAGUGGUGGCUGCACAAACCGAAAGUCUGAAAAAAGUAGUGUCACGGCAGGCAAUGGGAGGUGAUCUUCCAAAAUUCUCUGGAAACCCUUCGGAAUGGCCCCUGUUUGAAAGUCAGUAUCGACGCCUGGUCGUAGAAGGAGGAUUUUCGACCGUGGAAAUGUCAAGCAAACUGCAUAAGAGCUUGACAGGGGAGGCGAAAGAGGCGGUUAGUGGGCUGCUAUUGUUCCCGGACAGAGCGGAGGAGGUAAUCACCCAGCUUAAGAAUCGUUUUGGGAAUAGAAAUAUCAUACUCAAAGCAAUGGUAGAGAAAACAAGGCAGGUUAUACGACCAAAAGACGAUGAUGCUGAAGGGAUAGUGAAGUUGUCGACUGCUAUAGCCAAUCUAGCACUGACACUGAAACAUGAUGAAUCCAAAAAGUACGUUGAUAACCCACAGCUAAUCGAAGAGAUGGAAAAGAAGCUACCCCCUAUUCUCUAUCAACUUUGGAUGGAUUUCAUAGGUACCCGGGAUGAUUAUAACAUAAUAGAUCUCAGCAACUGGUUGGAAAAGAAGGCGCAACAGUGUCUGAACAGGAUCCAACCGACAAAGAUUAUCAAGGCCGACACUGAAGUGAGGCAUCGAUCAAGAUCAAGAACAUCAGGCGUACAUUCGGUUAGUGAAGUCUCGAAGGAAGUGUGCGUCGUAUGCGAAGGUCGUCAUCGUGUGGAUUCCUGCGAAAAGAUGAAAAAAUUUGACUACCGAAAACGCCGAGACGUCGUACAAAAUCACAUGCUGUGUUUUAAUUGCCUCCGUACAGGUCAUGGGGUACGAGAUUGUCGCCGGGAAUCGAUGUGUGGUGUAAAAGGCUGUAGAGGAAGACAUCAUGAACUCCUACAUGAUCGAUCUCGAGAUAACAAACCGGGCAUCAAGCGUGAACCGAAAGAGCGGGUUAAGGAGAAACCAGUCGAAAAGGAAGAGAAAGGAAAGGUUAAGGCAUCAUCGAGCUCUACGACGGAGGAAGUAGAUAAAGCGAAAGCCUCGCAAUUCACCGGAACUAUAAAAAUUAAUGCUCACACCCAGCUACGCGUACUUCCGGUACGAAUUUCUUCGUCUCAAGAUGGUCUGGAAAUAACAGUUCUAGCACUUUUGGAUUCGGGAAGCACAGUUUCAUUGAUUGAAAGUGAUUUGGCUGCCGAAUUGAAUCUCAGUGGAGAGAGGCGCCCGCUGGAAAUACAAUGGGUUGAUGGGAAACAGAACCGUCUCGAAGAUUCAAAGAUCGUGACUGUAAAGGUGCAAGGAACUUCAGAAGGAUGUAAAAAAUAUACCCUGAAAGGCCUACAUACCGUACCAAAUCUCCUUUUGCCGUACGCAGAACUGAAUAGAGAUGAAAUUGUAGCGCACUAUACUCACCUGAAGGACGUACCAUUUGAGUCCUAUAGUAGGCAACGUCCACGUAUUCUAAUCGGUGAGGAUCAGGCAUAUCUCACAGCCACUCGUGAUCUGCUUCACGAUGUGUGGCACAGACCCGUAGCAUCGAGGACCCUCCUUGGAUGGCUAAUCAGCGGACGAGUGGAGACCAAGUAUAGAAAGGGUACGGCUUAUACAGUGGCAAGUAUAAGCGAGGACCUUCUUGAGUUGAUGAAAGCAACCUUUUCUACGGAGGAAUUCGGGGUUAAGGCCCCACAAAACAAGCGUUCACGAUUGGAUGAACAAGCCGAAGAGAUUAUGUCUUCCACUGCUAAAAGAGUUGAGGGCGGAUAUGAGAUUGGUUUGCUGUGGAAAGAGAAGUCAAUUUCGAUGCCGUAUUCGAAGAACAUGGCAGAGCGACGACUGCAUCAAGUUGAAAGGUUGAUGGAUCGUGAUCCGCAUUUUGCGACUGCGUAUUGCAAUCAAAUGCAGAAUUAUUUUGAUAAAGGUUAUUUGCAGCCACUGAAUGAUGCCGACAGAGUCAUCCCACCACACCAAACAUGGUACUUGCCACAUUUUGCGGUGUAUAAUGAAAAUAAACCAGGCAAAAUUAGGAUAGUAUUUGAUGCAGCAGCAAUGGUAAAUGGCACUUCUUUGAACAGCAAGCUAUUGAGCGGUCCAGACCAAUUGGUACCUCUGCCGACUCUACUCAUGAAAAUGCGAAGGGGGAAAUAUGCAUUCACGGGAGACAUAGCGGAGAUGUACAAUCAAAUAGGCGUACGAUGGGAAGAUCAAAGCUUCCAAAGAGCACUUUGGAGAGGGAUGAACCGUGAGAUAGCUCCUCUGGAGUACAAAAUGUGUGUGAUGACCUUUGGAGCGACUUGCUCCCCUGCGUGCGCUCAAUACAUAAAGAAUCUGAACGCACGAGAGCAUGAAAAGGACUACCCGGAAGCUGCAUAUGCAAUUCAGUACAUGCAUUAUGUGGAUGAUUACAUCGAUAGUUGUGAUUCAGAACAAGAGGCGAUCAAUCGAAUCAAAGACGUGAUAUUUGUGCACAAACAAGGAGGCUUCACAAUUCGGAAAUUCUGUUGUUCGUCGUCAACAAUAUUAGAGCAAAUUCCGGAGGAGCUUCGAGCAAAUAACUCGACCCUAGAUUUGGACAAAGAUGCGCAUUUCGAAAGGGUACUUGGGCUGAAUUGGAAUACGACGAACGAUGAAUUUUCGUUCGGAGUGAAAUUCAAAAAGGUUCCUCCAAAGAUAAUCGAUGGUACUGAAAUUCCCACACGUAGACAACUUCUAAGCAUCCUCAUGAGCGUUUUUGAUCCAUUGGGGUUUGUAGCCCAAUUUAUAAUAAAGGGAAAGAUACUGCUACAACGCGUUUGUAAGGAGGGAUCCGGAUGGGAUGAAAAGAUUCCGGAAGAUUUGAUAGUUCCGUGGCUACGCUGGUUGGAGGAUGUACGCAGUCUCAAGCAGGUAAAAGUUCCACGUUUUUACGGAUUUACACGCGCCGAGAAAGUCAAGACUGAACUGCAUGUUUUCUGUGAUGCCAGUGAAGAAGCCUUCGCUGCCGUGGCAUAUUUCCGUACAAUAUACGAAAAUGGGGACGUUAAGUUGAAUAUUGUGAUGGCAAAAACACGUGUAGCCCCACUGAAAUCUCUGUCUAUCCCUCGUUUAGAACUGCAAGCUGCAGUCAUGGGCACACGAUUGGCAGAAACAAUAAGAAACGAGAGCGGAGUACCCAUAGAUCGUCGAGUGAUGUGGACUGAUUCCCAGGUCACCCUGAAAUGGAUUCAAAGUGAGAGUCGUAGCUUCAAGCCAUUUGUGGCUAAUCGAAUAGGAGAAAUCCAAAUGACAACCAACGUAGACGACUGGAAAUGGGUGCCUGGAUGUUUAAAUCCAGCCGACGACGCCACAAGAUUGGAAAGUAAUGUGGAUUUCUCCAACCAAGCUCGAUGGUAUUCUGGACCAGAGUUUUUGCUUCGACCAGAAGAUCGAUGGGAAAACCAAGAUUCCUUAACGGAAAUCUCGGAGGGAGCUGAAGAGGAACAAGUCGACGUAGUCACUGUAGUUACAAAGGUUGACGGGUUCAUGGAGGUGAGCCGUUUCUGGAACUGGAUGCGAAUGGUGCGCACGUUGGCGCAAGUACGUAAAUUUAUUAAGUUGUGUAAAGGCAGUGUGUCGGCUUCGGAUGAGAUUUCAGGAGAAGAUGUUCGAGUGGCAGAGAAGCUGUUAAUGGGAAAAACACAAUCGGAGAGUUUUCCUCAUGAACUUUCUCAGUUGAGCAGAGGAGAAGUAACAGAAAGAAAAAGUAAAUUGUUUACUUAUUCCCCAUAUCUGGACGAACAAGGUAUCAUCCGUUCAGAUACUCGUCUACAGAGACUGCCAAACUCCUCGGACGAAUAUGUUAGACCAAUCCUGCUAGACGCGAAACAUCCAGUAGUGCAACUCAUGUUAAGGUGGUAUCACACGAAGACGGGUCAUCAAGGCAACCCGUUUAUUCUGGCGGAGUUGCGAGCACGGUAUAUCAUUAUCGGCGCUCAUAAGUUUCUCAAGAAAGUGCGAAAGUUCUGUCCACACUGCCAGAGAGAACGUGCUAAGACGCUGCAGCCUCAAAUGGGUCAGCUACCGCCCGAAAGAAUAACCCCCAACGUCCCUCCUUUCGUCUACACAGGCGUAGACUAUUUCGGUCCUAUAUCCGUAAGGGUACGCAGAAGUACAGAGAAAAGGUACGGUGUGCUAUUUACAUGUCUCGUGACUAGGGCGGUACACAUAGAGAUAAGUCAUAGUCUGACGACCGAUUCCUUUAUAAUGGCGUUGAGACGAUUUAUCUCGAAGAGAGGUCCCCCGACCAGAAUAUUCUCCGACAAUGGAACGAAUCUUAAAGGAGCUGAGAAAGUACUGAAAAUAGAGUUGGAGAAUUUCGACCAAGAGAGAGUCAAUUCCUACCUAGCGAAUCAAGGAAUAACAUGGACAUUCAUUCCACCGGGAGCUCCCCACAUGGGGGGAGCCUGGGAAAGGUUGAUUAGAUCCGUAAAACAAGCGGUAAGGGCAACCCUAAAGUCUAUUGAGCCCACAGACGAAGUCCUAUUGACCGUUAUGGCGGAAGCGGAAUAUACAGUGAACAGCAGGCCCCUAGCCGUCCUCUCAGAAUCAGGUGAAUCGUUGACACCUAAUCACUUUCUAAUCCACCGUUCAACAUUGAACCCCCCACCUGGAGAAUUUGACGCCGACGACCUUAUCCUGAAAAAGAUGUGGAAAAGGUCGCAGCACCUAGCUAAUGUGUUCUGGAGUCAGUGGGUUCAUUAUUAUUUGCCCACAUUGACAAGGAGGCCCAAAUGGUGGGCGAAGGGAAGAAAUGUAGCCAUAGGAGACGAUGUCAUCAUAGUCGAUAGAGCGCUAGAUAGGAAUCAUUGGCCUAGAGGACUUGUAGUGGAUGUGAAGGCGGGAAAGGACGGAGUAGUUAGGUCAGCGGUUGUAAGGACUGAAAAGGGAACUUAUGUCAGGCCGACGACCAAGCUCUGCGUGCUGGAAAAAGAGCCUACAGAGGAGGAAGUAGGAGAAAAAGAGUGAGGUUAGAGAGCAGAUGGGUUUGGAGAAAAAGUUUGUGAGCACGUGGAAUAAAGAAGAGAAGAAUAAAAA